CGUUCUGAGACUUGAUCGGACAAGUAUCUGUAUGCUUAAUAGAUGUGGUGCUGUGUAUUGUGAUUGUGAUUCAGAUGAAAGUGAUUAUGAGAAUGAAAGUUUUAUUAAUACAGAUCACGAUGAAAGUAUUGAAGAAAAAAGAACAGAUUCAUCAUUUUUUAGUGAUUAUUCUACUAAUGAAAAACAUAAAAAAAAGACAAAUCAUUUUAUUUAUACUACUUUAUCAGAUGAAACUUCAGAUUUGAAUGACAGCGACUGCAAUGAGGAUUAUUAUUCAUCUAAUGAAUAUAAUAAUACAGGUAUAAAUGUUUGUAUAAAUGAUUCCUCAGAUUGUGAUGAUAAAAUAAGAACAAGAAAAAAAAGAAAAAAUGAAGAUGCUUAUCAUUAUAAUAAGAAACAAAAGAUACAUGAAGAUUCAGGUGAUGAAGGUAGUAGUCAAAACAUUAAUAAUAUUUCUAUAAAUGAUCCAUCAAGUAAUGAUGAAGAAGAUAUUAGAAUAGAGAAAAAUAUAUAUGAAGAUUCUUAUCAUUAUAAUAAGCGACAAAAAAUUCAUAAAGUAAAAAAUAAGAUUGAAGAUGAUAUUAGUGAUAAAAAUAAUUUUAAUGUAAAUGAAGAAUUAAAUAAACAAGAAUCCAAAAAUCUUAAUACUGACAAAGUUAAACGUAUGAUGAAAAAAAUGGGAUAUAAGGAAGGAUAUGGUCUUGGAAAAAAUAAGCAAGGUCGUUUAGAACCAGUUGAAGCUUCUAAACAACAUGGACGUAGAGGUCUUGGUCAUAAUAUUCCUGGACUUGAAGCUUCAAGUCUUAAAUGGGAUCCUGCAGAAGAAGAAAUAAAAUGUAAAGAAGAUAUGGAAUGGAUAAAAAAUCCAAAUAAAAAUUUACCUACAAAAGAAGAAAUGCAUUUUUGGUUACAAAUAGGACCUAAGAAAAUGACUAUAGAUGAUGAAACUCAUUUUUGUCAUGAGGAUAUAGUUAGAAAUAUAAUUAAUUCGAAAACAGUAUUUGAUAAUUUAGACGAUGUUGAAUUUCGUCGCGCAAGAACACGUUCUAAUCCUUACGAAACAAUUCGUGGUGCAUUUUUCUUAAAUCGUGCUGCUGUUAAAAUGGCUAAUAUAGAUAGAGCAUGUAAUUUUAUGUUUACUGAUAGGAAACAUUUGGGAAAAAAUGAGUUGUUAUAUUUUGCAGAUGUAUGUGCUGGACCAGGUGGUUUCAGUGAAUAUGUUCUUUGGAGAACAAAAUGGCAUGCUAAAGGAUUUGGUUUUACAUUGAAAAAUGAAAAUGAUUUUAAAUUAGCUGAUUUUUAUGCUGGUUCUCCUGAAACAUUUCAUCCAUAUUAUGGACCAAAAGAUAAUGGUGAUGUCUUUGAUUCUGAAAAUCAAAGAACAUUUAGAGAACUUAUAAUGAAAUACACUCAUAAUAAAGGAGUACAUUUUAUGAUGUCUGAUGGUGGUUUCUCUGUUGAGGGAAAAGAAAACCUACAAGAAAUUCUUUCAAAACAAUUAUAUCUUUGUCAAUGUUUAGUGGCAUUAAUGAUAGUAAGAGAGAAAGGUCAUUUUGUUACGAAAUUAUUUGAUAUAUUUACACCCUUUAGUGCUGGUUUAAUCUAUUUAAUGUAUCGAUGUUUUGACGAAAUUUGUAUUUUUAAACCAAACUCUUCUAGACCAGCAAAUUCAGAACGUUAUUUAAUAUGUAAAAGUAAACGGCCUGGGACAGAAAUUGUUACACAAUAUUUUAAUAAAAUUAAUCAUUUGCUAUUAGAUAAUGAUGAAAAUAAUGAUGUUAUACAAUUAGUGUCAUUUGACGAAUUAGAAAAAGAAAAACACUUUUUGCAAUAUUUACGCACUUCUAAUGAGUAUUUAGGAAAGAAACAAAUAAUAGGUCUAUGCAAAAUUGCUGCAUUUUGUGAAGAUAAUACUCUUGUUGAAACAAAACAAGCUGAUAUGCGUAAAGAAUGUUUAGCAUAUUGGAAACUUCCUGAUGAAAGUAGAACAAUCCCAAAACAUAUGAAACCAAAAGAUAAAUUAAAUAUUCUUGUUAAAGAUUCCACAUUUCUUUCUAAUUUCGCAACUACAUUAAAAGUAGAUAACAUUAACAAUUUAUUAAAUUCACCAUAUGAUUGGUUUUGCAUGCCAUGUAGUACUAAAUUACAACCUGAUGAUGAAAGAAAAAAUGCUACAUUUUAUAUGAGUAUGGGAAGAAGUAAUGUUUAUCGUUAUUUGAAAUAUGGUUGGGUAGAAGUUAGUGAUAUUAAUAUAGAAUUACCAUCAAAUACACUUGUAUAUGCAGAAGUUGUACAUGAAAUGAAAAGAGAAUUUAGACAUCAACAAAAAGUACUUGCAUUACAUAUCAUAGAUGCAUUCAUUUUAGGAGGAGAAGAUGUUAGUCAAAAAUAUUUAAGAGAAAGGCAUGAACUUACAAAGAAAUUUUGUGAAGCUUUGUGGAAACCAGAGGGAAGUAAUUAUGCUCGAGUACGAGCUAAAGAAUUAUUCCCGGUAAAUUCAGAUAUAUGUGAAAAAUUACAAAUAAAAGAGCGUAGAAUGAAAAAUAAUUGUCCUGCUUUGGUAUAUGAACUCCCGGAAACAUCUUUACAUUAUGAUCAAAAUUGUGAUGAUAAAUUAUAUUUUAUACCAAAUAGUAUAACAUUUUUAAGAAGUACUGUUAAUCCAUGGAAUCGAUAUGUCAGCAAAACACAUCGUACGACUUAUGUUUUUAAUUAUAAAACUAAUGAGAAUUUAUUUGAUAAAAAUAGACCGCGUUCGGCAGAAGCGAAUUUCAUAGAAUCGUUCAAAAAUCGCGUUAUUUGGUAUUGGCCUAGUGAUAAAUCACUUACCAUGAAUAUAUUUGCGAAAUUUAUCAAAGAUAAAUGCAAUAUAACUUUACAAAAUGGUUUAAGUUAUUAGUAAAACAAACAUAAAAUUGAUAAUAGAAACUCUCAAUAUGGUAUUAUUAAUUGUACCAUUCGAAUACUAAAUUGAUCAACUUGUUUUUUGAAAGUUUUUUAAUUUUAGUAUAAUUUUGAAAAAUCAUUAAUUUU